CAUUGUGUUUACUAUCCGCCUAUAUCUCCUUUAGUAGUCUUAUUAGCUAUAUCCGAGAGUCCGAACGUAUCCUAACGCCUCUUCGGCUCCUUCACCCCGGCCGGGGAGCGGAAGGGGCAGAGGGCGCGGGUCCGUGUUGAGGCGGAGCGCAGUGACGCGCAGGGCAGGGUGUGUGUCAUGUGACCUGCUCGGUGAGGGGCGGGGCCGCCGUUAGUAGGAAGCAGCGGCUGGAGCAGGAGGAGGAGGGGCUGUGUUGGUGCAUGAGAGGCAGGUGAUGAGUCCACUGGGGGUGGACAGGAGCCCGGAGACAGGAGCCACACGCAGACACACUGCACGGGACUAGCAGGGCGGGGAGCCCGGCAACCAGCCAUGGAGUGAGGGACACACUGACACCACCACCAUUAUUAUUAUCAUUAUUGCUAUUACUGUGAUUACUGAGAUUAUUCCUGUUAUCAGCAUGGGGGCCAAGGAGUCACGGAUCGGGUUUCUAAGCUAUGAUGAAGCUGUGAAGAGGGUAACGGAUGUGGAGUUGAAAAGACUGAGAGAUGCCUUUAAGAGAACCUGUGGUGGGCCUUCAUAUUACAUGAACCAACAGUGUUUCAUCAGGGAAGUGCUUGGCGAUGGAGUCCCUCCUAAAGUUGCAGAGGUCAUCUACUGCUCAUUUGGUGGAACUUCAAAAGGCCUUCAUUUUAAUAAUUUGAUAGUUGGUCUUGUUCUUCUAACAAGAGGUCGAGAUGAAGAAAAAGCUAAAUAUAUUUUUAGCCUCUUUUCAAAUGAAUCGGGCAGCUGUGUUGUACGAGAGGAGAUGGAGAGCAUGCUUAGCGUUGUAGAUGGUGAAGUUCCACUUUCUCUUAAAAAAUGUUUUGCUGAGGGUGAAAAGGUGAACUAUGAAAAAUUUAGAAAUUGGCUGCUGCAAAAUAAAGAUGCAUUCACAUUUUCUCGCUGGUUGCUUUCUGGAGGAGUCUUUGUCACACUCACCGAUGAUAGUGAUACUCCAACUUUCUAUCAGACAUUGGCCGGAGUUACACAUUUGGAAGAAUCUGACAUUAUUGAUCUAGAAAAAAGGUAUUGGCUCUUGAAGGCUCAGUCAAGAACUGGACGGUUUGAUUUGGAAACAUUUGUUCCUUUGAUUUCUCCUCCUAUCCACCAUUCUUUAAGUGAAGGGUUAUUUAAUGCCUUUGAUGAGAAUCGGGACAAUCACAUAGACUUCAAAGAAAUUUCAUGUGGGCUCUCUGCAUGUUGCAGGGGACCUUUGGCCGAAAGACAAAAAUUUUGUUUCAAGGUAUUCGACAUAGAUCGUGAUGGUGUAUUGUCUCGUACUGAGUUAGAAGACAUGGUUCUUGCACUUCUGGAGGUCUGGAAGGAUAACCGUAUAGAUGCCAUACCUGAAUUACAGAUGAAUCUUGGCGAUAUCAUAGAUAAUAUUUUGAAGUCCCAUGAUACCACAAAGGGUGGACAUCUUACGUUGGAGGAUUACCAGAUAUGGAGUGUCAAAAGUGCACUUGCCAAUGAAUUCUUAAACCUCCUUUUUCAGGUAUGCCACAUAGUCCUGGGUCUAAGACCAGCAACCCCUGAAGAGGAAGGACAGAUCAUCAGGGGUUGGCUAGAACGAGAAAGUCGAUAUGGGUUGCAGCUUGGGCAUAACUGGUUUCUAAUCUCCAUGCAAUGGUGGCACCAGUGGAAGGAAUAUGUCAGAUAUGAAUCUAGACCUGUCAUCGUGGAACCUUGUCCUUUACUAAACGGCAGCCGACACUCACUGGGAGCAUCUUCACCGGAUCAAAGGGAAGAUGACAGGAUCGGGGCUUCCAUACACACCACUACAGAAGACAGAUCUUCAGAUAACAUAUCUUCCGCCUCCGAAGCCUCAGAGUCAACUACCAGCAAUUUUCUUUAUUCAGGCACAACAGCUGCAGACAUGUGCUUUGCACGUCAACAUAAUUCUUCAGAUAACAAUAACCAGUGUAUGCUUGGUGCCAAUGGGAGUGCAUUAUUGCAGCUUAAUCCACAGAAACCAGGAGCUAUUGACAACCAUCCACUAGUAACACAGGAAACUGUAAAGGUUCCUUCCUUAACACUGGAAGGGGGGCGUCUAAAACAGAGCCCGUCUCUUGUUCGUAGCAGAGAUUAUGAAAUUGUGCCAGAGCCAGUAUGGAGAGCCCUUUACCAUUGGUAUGGGGCAAAUCUAUCUUUACCUCGACCAGUAAUCAAAAAUAGCAAAACAGAUCUUCCAGAGUUGGAGCUCUUCCCACGCUAUUUGCUUUUCUUGCGGCAGCAGCCUGUGACUCGACAGCAGCAGUCUAACAUCUGGGUGAAUAUGGGUAUGAUGAGCCUCAGAAUGUUUCCUCAGCAUUUACCCAGAGGAAAUGUUCCUUCCCCUAAUGCUCCGCUGAAACGCGUGCUAGCAUAUACUGGUUGCUUCAGCCGCAUGCAAACUAUAAAGGAAAUCCAUGAAUAUCUUUCCCAGCGGCUACGUAUAAAAGAAGAAGAUAUGCGUUUGUGGUUGUAUAACAGUGAGAAUUAUCUCACUCUUCUUGAUGAUGAAGACCACAGCUUAGAAUAUCUUAAAAUUCAGGAUGAACAGCAUCUGGUAAUAGAAGUUCGGAAUAAAGAUAUGAGCUGGCCAGAAGAAAUGUCAUUUAUUGCUAACAGCAGUAAAAUAGAUAGGCAUAAAGGUAAGUUUAUAGUUCCUACUGAAAAAGGUGCAACUGGACUCAGUAACUUGGGGAACACUUGUUUUAUGAACUCUAGUAUCCAGUGUGUCAGUAACACACAGCCGCUAACAAAGUAUUUCAUCUCAGGGAGACAUUUGUAUGAGCUUAACAGACAAAAUCCUAUAGGAAUGAAAGGGCAUAUGGCAAAGUGCUAUGGUGAUUUGGUCCAGGAACUGUGGAGUGGAACUCAGAAGAAUGUGGCUCCACUUAAAUUACGGUGGACAAUAGCAAAAUAUGCUCCCAGGUUCAAUGGCUUUCAACAACAGGAUUCCCAGGAGUUGCUAGCAUUUCUUCUAGAUGGCCUUCAUGAAGAUCUCAACAGAGUCCAUGACAAACCUUAUGUUGAACUUAAAGACAGCGAUGGACGACCAGACUGGGAAGUGGCUGCAGAGGCAUGGGAUAAUCAUUUAAGAAGAAACAAGUCGAUAGUUGUAGAUUUGUUUCAUGGGCAGCUGAGGUCGCAAGUGAAAUGUAAAACGUGCGGCCAUGUAAGCGUUCGCUUUGAUCCUUUCAACUUUCUGUCCUUACCUCUCCCAAUGGACAGCUACAUGCAUUUAGAAAUCACAGUGAUCAAAUUAGAUGGUACUACGCCUGUAAGGUAUGGGCUAAGGCUGAACAUGGAUGAAAAAUACACAGGGCUGAAGAAACAGUUGAGUGACCUAUGUGGGUUGAAACCUGAACAGAUCCUACUGGCAGAGGUGCAUGGAUCAAACAUAAAGAACUUUCCACAAGAUAACCAAAAGGUUCGACUGUCCGUGAGUGGUUUUCUCUGUGCUUUUGAGAUACCCAUCCCUGGAUCACCAACAUCAGCCACAACCCCCACCCAAACAGAUUCCAACACAGGGCCAUCAUCAAAUGGACAGCACAGCGUCAUUUUAAAUGGAGGACUUACUCGGCCAACAAUAAUCCCCAAUGGGAUGCCAAAUACUGUGGUGCCAUGUGGAACAGAGAAGAGUCCAGGGAAUGGAGUUCUUAAUGGUCAUGUCACCAUUCAUCCAGAUGGUCCAUUUAUAGGGUAUAUCAUUGCAAUCCAUAGAAAAAUGAUGAGGACGGAACUUUAUUUCCUGUCUUCACAAAAAAACAGACCAAGCCUUUUUGGAAUGCCCUUGAUAGUUCCUUGCACUGUACACACACGAAAAAAAGACUUGUACGACGCAGUAUGGAUCCAAGUAUCCAGACUAGCAAGUCCACUUCCACCACAAGAAGCUAGUAACCAUGCACAAGACUGUGAUGACAGUAUGGGAUAUCAAUAUCCCUUCACCUUGAGAGUUGUUCAGAAGGAUGGUAAUUCAUGUGCAUCCUGUCCUUGGUACAGAUUCUGCAGGGGAUGUAAAAUUGAUUGUGCAGAUGACCGUGCGUAUAUUGGUAAUGCAUAUAUUGCUGUGGACUGGGACCCCACAGCACUACAUCUUCGUUACCAGACAUCACAAGAAAGGAUUGUUGAAGAGCAUGAAAGUGUUGAACAGAGUCGCAGAGCACAAGCAGAGCCCAUAAACCUUGAUAGCUGUCUCCGAGCUUUCACCAGCGAGGAGGAAUUGGGAGAAGAUGAAAUGUAUUAUUGUUCCAAAUGUAAAACCCACUGUUUAGCCACUAAAAAGCUUGAUCUUUGGAGGCUUCCACCAAUUCUGAUUAUCCACUUGAAGAGAUUUCAGUUUGUAAAUGGUCGCUGGAUAAAAUCUCAAAAAAUAGUCAAAUUUCCACAAGAGAAGUUUGAUCCCAGUGCAUUUUUGGUGCCUCAAGUACCAGUUCAGAAAAAGCAAUUGAAGCUGCAGUCUGAAGACCAGUCAGAAGUGCGGUUAAUGCAGGUAGAACAGAAAAAAAAUGAGUUUACAAACUUCAGCUCUUCCGGAGAUGGUGAUGCACUUGUGAAACCUCAGCCAAUCCUAAAUUCUUCCACUGGAAAUGGUAACAAAGCCUCCCCGUCACAAGGAAGGAAAGCAGUAAUUAACUGUUCAAGCAAGAAUAACAGUCCUAACCAUAGUCCAAGAACACUAGGGAGGGGUAAGGGACGGCUACGAUUGCCCCAGCUUGGAGGUAAAAAGCUUUCAAGCAGCAAAGAAAAUCUAGAUCAGAGCAAAGAGAAUGGCACAGAUGAAACAAAGGACAUUGCAGAUCAGGUAGAUUUAAAUAAAGGACAUCUGUUGGGUGGAAGUCAAGCAGAAUUGUCGAACAUUCAGGAUACUGAGGUGAUCCUAACAAAUGGACUGAAUUAUGAACAAAAUACAUGCAGCAAUGGUCAGCUUGAAAAUCACACUGGUGAAGAUGAGGACAGCAUAGAUGACCCAAAAGAUGACAUCUGCUGUCCGCCUAUCUACAAUCUUUAUGCAAUUUCGUGCCAUUCUGGGAUACUGGGUGGAGGUCAUUAUGUCACUUAUGCCAAAAAUCCAAAUGAAAAAUGGUACUGCUACAAUGACAGCAGCUGUAAGGAGCUAAAUCCUGAUGAAAUAGAUACAGAUUCUGCUUACAUUCUCUUCUAUGAGCAACAAGGGGUAGACUAUGCACAAUUUCUGCCAAAGAUAGAUGGGAAGAAGAUGGCAGAUACUAGCAGCAUGGAUGAAGAUUUUGAAUCGGACUAUAAAAAAUAUUGCGUGCUGCAGUAAAAAGGUUUCACCUACAGGGUGGUGGGAAAGCGUGUCAAGUGAAAUGAGUAGGGAAGAAGAGCGAACAAAUCCUGCUAAGCUGUUCUUAAUCGAUCUAGCGCUACUUUUGUGAAGAGGUCAUCAAUGCAUGUAGACUUUUUAAAUAACACAUGAAAGGGGUGACAUGUCAAGAUAUUUAUUUUAUGUCCUAUUUUGUUUCCUGCCAGAUGUUUGUCGUCUUUUAAUAUAAUUUUUAUUUUAUAUGUAUUUUACAAUUUCUUUUGUUAUGUUCUAGCAUCUGCUUCUGUGCAAUACGCGGUCUGCAAAUAUAUAUAU